UCAUAAACUUGCAUCUAAUCUUGUAACAUAUUUGUUCUAUAUUUAAGCACAUAAGUUAGUGUAAUCCAAUUAAUUUGUUUUACUCUGCGAUCAAGAAACAAAUCUACACAAAGUUCAUCACCAGCUUACACAAAGCAGUUUAAGAAAAUGUUCGAAACGCUCACGGAGUUAUACCCAUCUGUGUGGGAUGAAUCAGAGACCAAGAAAUGGAAAAAGACAGCACGCGAGAUCCAGCAAAUGUUCUAUUUAACUUUCGAAGGUAAACAAUGGGACGUUUACCAAAAAAAGGAAUACGAGUUAUUACGCACAAAAGUUUGUUAUGCUUUAUUUGGUCCUCCAAAGGAUGCAAACGACAACUUUAGCAAUAUCGAAAACGCGUAUGAUAAAGAUAGACGUGAUUCAGGCGACAAAAUCAAAGACAAGAUCAUAGAAGUGCACAAAAAUCACUCGGGCUGUAAGUCGUUGCAUGUUGGCAUUAUUUUCGUAUGUUGCAAGCAAUACGAUAAGCAAUUUUACAUUCCGAUAUUUCGUAUACGUAUAAACGAAACAACAGAAGAAAGCUAUUACGUCGAUACGAAUUUCCGCGUGUACCAAUCUUGGAACGAUUGGAAAGAAAACAAUAAACUACCAAUGUUGUUAUAUUGUUAUCCAAAGCCAGGCUUUUACACGUGUUCUAAGGGCAGCAGGUACAAAUUCGAUGAGAAAGGCGAUGUAACUUUGGAAAUCGGUACAUCGCCAGCUUGCGAUCUGAGUUCGCGUAUAGGAAGAACACUGGAUUUUACUAGUGGAGUGUCUGGACUUAUCGGAACAGGGGUUGGAGUGGUUUCUUUGUUUACUCCACUGGCUCCUCUCACGCUUACAACCAUGGGAAUAGCUAGUACAACAAGCGCGGCAUACGGAGCCGUGAGAAGCGUCCAACAGUUGGUAGACAAAGGAACUCACGACGAAAGUCUGCUCGAUAUGGAAUCAAUGAUGUGCGCAUUGAACGUAAUUAUGCUACCUUUACACAUAGGAACAAGCGUAGUCAAUGGUAAAUUAAUAGCCGGUGCACGAACAGGACGCACUUUUACAUCCUUGCAACGAGUUGGUGCAACUUUCUUGAAUAUAACAGCUGUAACUAUAGAUGCUUCCGCAGUAUUAAUCGGACUUAAAACUUUGUACGAUAAGAAGCAGGAGGGAACAUUGCAACCAUUGGACGUCUUGCAGUUUUCUAUAUCCGUAUUUUUCUUUUCACAUACGCUUAUACAGCCAAAAACAGCAAACGGAAUUAUCAAGAAAGCGCAAGCCCAAUAUUUUCAAGAGUAUAAGUCUCAGAUGACCGAUGCUGUUGCACAGGAAACUUUCCAGAAAUUUAUCGACGACAAUCAUAAGAACAUAAAGAGUGGUGCGAAUAUUACCAGGACUAUUAAUACUAUCUAUGAUCCUGAAACAUUUUUCAAAUCAGUUGGGCCCGAGACUUCUAUCAAAAUAAACGACAACACUGAGGGAAUCUUCAUCAUUAACGAUGAACUGAAAAUAAAUCCUAAUCGAUUUAACCAAAUCAGACCGGAUAGGAUAAAAGAGUUGUUGAGGGCCACGAAAAUGGAUAAGAACCAUCCACAAUAUGGAAAAUAUUCUAAUGAAAUUAUGAAAAACGAACGUAUAGCUUUGAAAGUCAGGCGCCAAGAAACUCUGGUUAAGAUGGCAGAGGUAUUUGGAACGGACCCAGACGGCUUGAAGAACUUUAAAAUAAACAACAAACCGAUAUUCGCAGAUCUAACAGGUGCUGAGAUAGAUCGAAUGCGGACAGUGUUCAGCGAUACAGCGAGGAAUUACAAUAAAGAUAUCAUUUAUGCCGCCGCCGCGGCAGCGAAAGAAUUAGGCUGCCAUGACGUUCAUACAUUCGGUGCUAUCAUUGAAUUGAUUGCAUUAGAAAGUCGCGGAAAAUCCAGAUCACAGUAUCGUUCAUAUUUGGCGGAAUUUCAAAAAAAUCCCGAUACCAGAAAACAAUUUGUGGCCGACGUUAAAAAAGAUUGUGGAAUAGCUACAGAUAUCUUGAAAAAUGUCAAGUUAAAGUUUGAUAAUGAAUAUUUGGCUGCAUAUCACUAUAGAAAACACGGAUUUGAGUUCGGAAAUAAAAUUUCAAUGCAUGUGUAUCUUGCUGAUAUUCCAAAGGAUCUAUUUCAGAAACAGUAUCUGUAUAGCGAUGUGUAUGAUCAAGCUGGAACGAGCAGGAUUCAAAUUUACGCGAAUAAGGAAGGCUCGCAAUUUGGAGUGUUGAAAAUAAAAAAUAAUAAUCCAUACGUCGCAACGGUUUUUUCAAACCAAAAAUUCUUCGAGAAUUGGGAAACAAAAUUGCCAAUAGCCCAAGAAUAUUUAAAUCUUACUACCCUUCACUAUAACGAUCCAACAAUUCCGACAACUAGAUUUUUCGAUUUUUUCGGUUAUAACCUAUUAAAAGACAUGGGCAUAGUUAUUGGCGAUAUACAAGUACAUAAAUGUAAUACAUCACAAAAUUUGAACACGUUUGAGGGUAAUUCUGAAGAUAUCAAGAAUUUGAGAGAAUUAGCCAAUUUACUUACUAUAAUGACUCAAGCAGACAAAACUGAUUAAACU